CACCGUAUCACCCUGUUUGCUUCAGGAAAACUUGCGCUUCGUCUCCUCAGGUGCAUCAGAGCUGCACAAAAUGCAAGCUACUUGGCGUUUAGCAAGCAGAAACCGACACAUGUGUGGCGUAUAUUAAUUUCUAAGGCAAAAUUAUAUAUGAAAAGAUUUGAAUUUACAUUCACGGCUCAGUAAGGAGAAACAACUAGCCUGUGUUUGAAGUGUGUUUUGACUGCAACACUCGCGCAGUGGUGCUGCUUAUGCGAUUAUCUCACAUCUUGAUAGCACAAACUCGCCAUUUAACGAGCAUUGGAGUGUCUCUGUGGAAAUGAGGUGGUUUGGCAGCACGUUCAUGCCGACAUUAAACCCAUGAUUGAGUAGCAGUGCUCCAGGCCCAGUGUGAGCCUCCAGCACCCCACCAGACAUCCACAGUAUGUCCAGUUCAGGCUUCCCCCCAAGUCAGGGGUCUUUCAGCAGCGAGCAAAGCCGUUACCCACAACACUCAGUGCAAUAUGCCUUCAGCUCGUCACGCCACCCGCCGGAGUUCACGGUUCCGGAUUAUCGUAGCCCUCUGCAGGACCAGCAGCGUCGCAGACCUUCACUAUUAUCUGAAUUUCACCCUGGGACAGAGAGGCCUCCAGAGCGAAGGCACGGCUACGAGCAGCAGUUUCAUGCUGCCCCAACCCAGCAGGAGCAGGAAACUGCAGAGCCCAAGCGUCCCCGCAUCGAGAACAUUUCCGAAACUCACUUUCAACGAGUUCAACCCACUGGUGUCGUUCUGCCCUCGACGCAUACCAUACAGGAGAACAUCAGGGCCAGCGGAGAUGUCAAGAAGGAAACUCAGUUUAAUAUGAAGAUAGAGGCCAUGUCCCCAAGUGGAGUUCCUCAGGUGGUUGAAGAUGCAGAUGCAUCACCUUCCAAACUCUCCAAAGAGGAGCUGAUUCAGAGCAUGGAUCGGGUGGACCGUGAGAUCGCAAAGGUUGAGCAGCAGAUUUUCAAACUCAAAAAGAAACAGCAACAAUUGGAGGAGGAAGCAGCCAAGCCGGUAGAGCCAGAAAAGCCAGUGACUCCGCCGCCUGUGGAACACAAACAUCGCAGCAUCGUCCAGAUCAUUUAUGACGAGAACCGGAAAAAGGCAGAAGAAGCCCAUAAGAUACUGGAAGGACUGGGUCCUAAAGUGGAACUGCCUCUGUACAACCAGCCAUCUGAUACUAAAGUCUAUCAUGACAACAUUAAAACGAAUCAAACGAUGAGGAAGAAGCUGAUUCUGUUUUUCAAGAGGAGGAACCAUGCACGUAAACAGAGGGAGCAGAAAAUUUGUCAACGUUAUGAUGAGCUGAUGACUGAAUGGGAGAAAAAAGUUGAACGAAUGGAGAACAACCCUCGCCGUAAAGCCAAAGAAAGCCGCACACGAGAAUACUACGAGAGACAGUUUCCAGAGAUCCGCAAGCAGCGUGAGCAACAGGAACGCUUCCAGAGGGUGGGCCAGAGAGGGACAGGUCUGUCUGCCACCAUUGCAAGAAGUGAACAUGAGAUAUCUGAGAUCAUUGAUGGCCUAUCGGAGCAGGAGAACAAUGAGAAGCAGAUGAGGCAGUUGUCUGUCAUUCCUCCCAUGAUGUACGAUUCAGAACAGCGGAGGGUGAAGUUUAUCAACAUGAACGGUCUGAUGGAUGACCCCAUGAAGGUCUACAAAUCUCGCCAGUUCAUGAACGUCUGGACUGAACACGAGAAAGCGCUCUUCAAGGAAAAGUUUGUGCAGCACCCAAAGAACUUCGGGUUGAUUGCGUCAUUUUUGGAGAGAAAGUGUGUGUCAGAUUGUGUGCUGUACUAUUAUUUGACUAAGAAGAGUCAGAACUAUAAAACUCUUGUUCGACGCAACUUUGGGAAUCGUCGACGAAGGAAUCAGAAAUCGAGACUCAUCGGACCAGGCAACAUUUUUCCAGUCUUCAACUGUCCAAUUUUGCAGAUAACGCGACCCUCGCAGGAAGAAAAGACAGAGGACAAGAACGAAGAGGACAAAGCAGAAAAAUCUGAGAAGAAAGAGGACGAGGAGAAGAAGGAAGAGGAAGAGAAAGAUGAAAAAGAAGAAUCUAAGGACAUUAGCAAAGAAAAAGAGAAGUGUGAGGGAGAGGAGGAGGAGGGUAAGGAGCAGAGCACACCACGUGGCCGCAAGACAGCUAACAGCCAGGGUCGUCGCAAGGGCCGCAUCACCACUCGCUCCAUGGCCAAUAAUGAGGCUGCAUCCGUGGUGCCUGAGGAACAGCCUCCACCUCCACCUGAACCAGUUAUGCCAGAGCCGACAACUCCCUCUAAACCUGAGCCAGUGCAGAAACCUGUACGAGAACCUGGAAAACCUGCACCCAUACCCAGCACAGACACACGAGGCGCAGUUGAAGCUGGAGAGACAUCUCGCUGGACGGAGGAGGAGAUGGAGAUCGCCAAAAAAGGGCUGGUUGAACAUGGUAGGAACUGGUCAGCCAUUGCUAAGAUGGUUGGCACAAAAAGUGAAGCUCAGUGUAAGAACUUCUAUUUCAACUAUAAGAGGCGACACAACUUAGACAAUCUACUGCAGCAACACAAGGGUUAUGGGCGGCUCCGUGGAAAUCGAGACCCGUCACAGAAUGACCCCGCGCACGAUGAUGACGAGGAGAGUGAAGGUCCUGAUAACAGUUCGGACACAGAGAGCGCACCGUCUCCCCCUCAAACAGAUCCAGCUAAAUCUGCAGAUUCUGUAACGCAUGCUAGCUCUGCUGUGGACGUCACCUCGGAACAGGACGCCUCAGCAACCAAAGGCCCCACAGGAGAUGCCAAGGGUCAAGAAGCUCCUUACAGCGAGUUUCGAGUCAAAGUGGAAAAGAGCCCAGAAAGUGGUGCAGGAGAUGGGCUUCCUCAGGAAGAACGAGCACGUGUCACGUACGAAACACAAAUCCAUCCAAAGAGCGAGCCGCAGGAUGUGGAGAUGACCGCUCCAGUUGGGGAAAGAGGACAGGUGCAGGUUAAGACUGAGCCUGAGGUCAAAGAUAAAGAGGAGAAACAGGGCGAGCAGCACCACUCGGAUAAUGACUCUAGCGCCACCUGCAGUGCAGAUGAGGACGUGGAGGCUGAACCUGACCGACAGAGACUUUUCUCUCUGGAGAAGCCUUCUUUGCUUGCCACUUCGGGCUCAGUGGUUGUGUCCUCACCCAAAAUUUUCGACGUGCAGCAGCUACAGAAGCGGGCUGCCACCAUUCCCCCAAUGGUCAGUCCACAGAACCCCUUCCCCCACUUAUCAUUCAACUAUACCCCUGUGGACAGAAACAGGGCCCAGCCAUCCCGCUAUGUUUCAUCUCCAUUUGGUCACACUGGCAUUCCUGUCGGUCCUUCGUUGAGUGGUUUUGCCAUGUUCCAGCACCAAAUUAAAGCUGUGCAUGAGUCCGCACAUCAAGAGGACAAACAGAGAUUGGACCAGAAUGAAUUGGACUGCAGACCUCGAGUCAGCACUCACAAUCCCACUGUGCUGGACCGAGAAGGUAAGCCAUUUGCUUACAUGCCAUAUGAUCUGAAGUUGAUUGAACAGGAGUCUCACGGUGCAGUGGUCAGACCUGGCUCUCCAUACAGACUCUCUCCUCGGGAACCUAGCAAAGCUUCACCCCAGCCUGAUGCCAGUAACCCCAGUCGCUACAGUGUGCCUCCAGUUCUUCAGCCUGCACCAAACCAGGCGAUUCAAAACCUUUCAGAUGUCCGCAUGACGUUCUCACGUCACAGGCCGUCUAACAUUCCGUCUCCUCCACCCCUCAUUCCCACCUCCAAGCCCACAGACAAGCCCUCCUUCAUUCAGGGGGGCUCCAUUUCACAGGGAACGCCAGGCACGUACCUGCCCUCUCAAACGCACGCAGUGUACGUACCAGAUGUAGUUAAGACUGCAGGAGGAUCUAUUUCGCUCGGCAUACCAAGACAGCAGGACCCUGCCAAACCCGUGUCAUACAUUAAACAGGAGGAGUGCUCUCCACGGGGACAGAGUGCUCAGGCAGAGGGACUCUUAUCCAGAGCUCAGUAUGAGGGAGUGGUCAGAGGAGGACCCAUGCAGAUUCAGGACAUGAGAGGUCCCCCUGGAAAACCUCCAGACAGCAUGACUUUCCGAGGAGGUUCUAUUACACAGGGCACCCCAGCCCUGACUCAGUCUAACGUAGCAGCAGAUUUGUUGAAGGGAACCAUUGGUAAACUGGCCACAGAGGACCUAAGUGGUCCAGAGAAGAGCCGAGCUGAAGCUCAUUCCAAAGCUCACGUUAUCUACGAAGGAAAAAGCGGACACAUCCUCUCUUAUGACGCCAUUAAGAACCCCAGAGAGGCCACCAGAAGCCCACGGAUGGGACAUGACCUCAAACGGACGUAUGACAUUAUGGAGGGCUCCCGUGGACACGCAGUGCGGGAUAAUGCACCUUAUGAAGGUUUAAUCAGUAGAGCAUUGCCAAGAGAAAGUCCACAUGAGUCUAAGGAUCGAAACAUACUCGCUGGAUCCAUCAUGCAGGGAACACCAAGAGCUUCUGCUGAAGUCUUUGAUGAGACCUCCAAAUACGGCAAACAGAUCAAGAUGGAGAGUCCACCUAUCCGCUCUUUCGAGGGAGGCAUUAGCAAGGGUAAACCAUAUGAGGGGGUGAACACCAUAAAGGAGAUGGGUCGCUCCAUUCACGAAAUCCCUCGAAAGGAAACCCCAGAUAGUCGCAAAACCCCCGGUUUGGAAGGAUCUAUUACUCAGGGUAUGCCACUGAAGUAUGACGGUAGUACUGUGAACCCAUCAACCAUUAAGCACAAUGUUAAAUCCCUGAUCACAAGCCCGAUGAAGAUCUCCCACGCCACCAUCGAAGCUGCUGAGCGAGAGAGGGCCAAGUACGAGGAUGUGAAGGCAUCUGAGCGUGUCCGACACACUUCGGUAGUAAACUCCACUUCUGUCCUGCGCUCCACACAUACAGAGUCAGGAAAGUCUCAGCUCAGUCCAGGCAUGUAUGAGGACAGCAACGCACGGAGGACCCCUACCUACUCCAGCAGCUCUUUAUCUAGAGGAUCACCUCUGCUGCGAGCACAGGAAGGAAGUAUAACAUCAGGUAAACCGGUUUCUCACGAGAGGAAGAGCACGUUAACUCCAACCCAGAGGGUGGACAGUGUUCCUGCCAAGUCUCCUGUUUCAGGGGGUGACCCCCUCGGUCCUCACAGCCCGUUUGACCCUCACCCUCAAGUGUACCGCACUCACCUGCCUCCCCAUCUGGAACCCAGCCUCGCCUUUCACAGGGUCCUGGAUCCAGCGUACAUGUUUCCACGGCAACCAUCGCCAACUGGUUAUCCCAACACUUACCAGCUCUACACCAUGGAGAACACACGACAGACCAUCUUGAAUGAUUACAUAACCUCACAGCAGAUGCAGGUCAUACCACGCCCCGAUGUCGCCAGGGGACUGUCACCACGUGAACCAUCCAUCGCCAUUCCUUACCCCCCAUCAGGUCGAGGAAUAAUUGAUCUAACCCCGAUGCCCACCAUCCUGUUACCUCACCCUGGGGGCACAGUUUCCCCUUCCCUGGAUCGCAUCACCUACAUCCCUGGACCUCAGACCCCUUUCCCUCCUAGGGCAUUCAACCCUGCCUCCAUAUCUCCAGGACAUCCUGCCCAUCACAGUGCCACAGCAGCCAUUGUGGAGAGGGAAAAUCAGCGGGAAAAGGAGCGAGAAAGGGAAAGAGAACGAGAGAGAGAUCAGAGAGAGAGAGAACGUGCGGCAGUAGAGUAUAUGCGUGGAGGUCCUGAGCAGCCUGGGCGACCAGGAAGUCGUGGUUUCCUGCGUUCACCUUCACCCUCCAUGAGGUCUCAGGAAGGUGUCCUCCAGCAGCGGCCAAGCAUCUUCCAGGGCACUAGCAAGAGUGUCAUUACACCUCUCAUGCAAAUGCCUUCACAAGCAGCUGCAGCUCAAGUCAAUUCCCGAUACAACAAUGCAGCUGACGCACUCGCCGCGCUUGUGGACGCUGCUGCCUCUGCCCCACAGAUGGAUGUUGCGAAAGUCAAGGAGGGCAAGCAUAACAGCGGCAGCUCCCGUGAUGAUGACAUGAUGAUGUCCUCGCGCCGUGCAACACAAGAGUCGGUGGAGGCGGAACGGCGUUCCAUGCAGUCGCCAUAUGGGGACAUGUCACUUCCCGGAGGAAAACCUUCCCAUCCUGUGUAUGCCGAUGGGGGAGCUGCAGGAAACAAAGAAAAAGCCCCACCCACCAAGUCACAAAUAGAGGAGGAGCUGCGUACACACGGAAAAACCACCAUUACUGCUGCGAACUUCAUUGAUGUCAUCAUCAAGCGCCAGAUCGCCCCGGAUAAGGACAAUCGUGAGAGAGGCUCACAGAGUUCAGACUCCUCUGGCAGUAUGUCAUCUAGUCGUUAUGAGCCACAGGGUGGGAUUGAGGCUAUCAGCCCAGCCAGCUCUCCAGCCCAGAGAGAAGAGAAGAAUGAGGGACCUUUCCCAUCAGAAAAGAGCUCUCAGCCACCUUCAGGUGGACUGAGGUUUGACAUUAACCGGUUUAGGCAGUCGGCAGAUUCAGGCCUGUCUGCAACCCAGCAGCCACCGUCCUCACAAGCAGACAGCUACGGGGCAGUCCCAAAAACACACCGCAUCAUGACCCUUGCUGAUCACAUAUCGCACAUCAUAACGCAGGACUUUGCUAAGAGCCAGGACCCUCCCCCAUCAUCAUCCUCGUCCACAUUCCAGAGCUCUACUUUAGGAAGAGUUAAACCUCCUAACCGCUAUAGCCCAGAAAACCCACCGCCUGCUACACACCACCAGAGACCACCAAGCCGUGUGUCUCCAGAGAACUCAUCCGACAAAUCCCGAGCCAGGCCAGGCAGGUCUCCUGAACGAGGUCGAGGACUUGAAAACUAUGAGCCCAUCUCUCCACCUCAUGGAUACUCAGGGUUGGAUAAACAGGAGAGCGGUGGUUUACAGACUCAGAGACGAGAGCAGGAGCUCCCCGAACAGAGGAAUGACUCGCGUUCACCAGGCAAUGGUAGUUACCUGCCCUCGUUCUUCACCAAACUAGAGAGCACGUCUCCUAUGGUUAUGUCCAAAAAGCAGGAGAUUAUCCGCAAGGCAGAAGUUGGUAACGCUCAGCCAGGCACAGAGAUUUUUAAUCUGCCAGCAGUAACAUCAUCAAGCAGCGUAAACCCCAGAAACCACUCGUUCAGUGAUCCAGCCAGUAAUCUGGGACUGGAAGACAUCAUCAGAAAGGCUCUGAUGGGAAACAUGGAAGAGAGGCAGGAGGACCAGCAACAAGCCCCGACAGGAAACACCUCAAGCGGCAUGGGUAUUUCAGAAAGCCGACAGGAGGCCAAUCCUUCACCUAACACAGGUUCCUACUCAGGCAAGCAGAAGCUACAGAGCAAAGCAAGCAGCAGGAAAUCAAAGUCUCCUAACCCAGGCCAGCCGUACUCCGCUGGAGAGCGUCCAUCUUCUGUUUCGUCCGUUCAUUCAGAGGGAGAUUACCACAGGCAGGCUCCCACCUGGGCUUGGGAAGACCGGCCAUCCUCCACUGGUUCCAUGCAGUUCCCAUAUAAUCCUCUGACAAUGCGCAUGCUCAGUAGUACCCCUCCCACCUCCAUGGCCUGCCCAUCUCCUUCCUUGCAGUCCCAGCAGCAGACACAGGGCGGCACGUCCGGCCCUGUGGCUCCAACACGUGCAUGGGAGAGAGAGCCGCCGCUACUGUCAGAGCAGUAUGAAACCCUCUCAGACAGUGACGACUGAGACCGCUAACCAGCUUCCCACCAAGGGACCCCAGAUGUGUCCACGCCCACCUCCUCUCACCCAUUGCACUUCUUUCUCCGUUUUUACCAAUCACUCACUGCCGUUAAAGAGUGAGAUUUUACUGGAAAGGAGGACGUCCAUUAGGUGCUGCUUUUGUGCCUACUGGUGGUCAGGAGAGGGUAUCGCCGAGAGCCACCGAUUUAAAGCUUUGAUUUGUGGCCUGUUUGGAGAAGAGAACUACAGAAAAAUCCCAAAAUCAAUGACAUGUUGAAAGGAUGAAGAACUUGUAAAGAAACUUAUUUGCUGAAAAUUUCUUUCUGUAAAGAAAUGUUUUUUGUUGUUUUUGUCUUUAAAAAAGGAAAAAAAUCAAUGUAAAUAGAGUAAACUUUUGCAGUGUUUUUCCUUUAACUCUUUUUGUUCUGCAUUUUAACAAUGCUUUUUAAAUCGAACACAAUUGUUUGAAUAGAACAUGAGACCGUGGAGAAAUCUGUGGUCAGUCAAAAGCAUUGAACUUCCCAGAUCUGAAAUCAAAUCGACCCUGAAUGCAAAAAGGACUUGAUACCAUAAACACCAUAAAACGUAACUUCGGCCCUCAAAUGCGAAUACUACAGUAUGUGUGCAGCACUGUCGUUCUUUGCUGGUUAUGAUUUCUGCCCUGUUUUCUUUGAGGAAGAAAUCACUUUUUUUUUCAUCAGAUGUUCAUAGGAAAUCAGGACUAAAUAAAGACAUCAGUUUUCUGAUAGUGAUGGCUCAUGCACGGUGAAACAUUGGACAUGAAGUGAAUGUUGCUUUUGUUCUCACCUGUGCUUUUAUCUUUGUGCCUAUGUUUUAAUCUUCAGUCCUGUUCCAGUACGGACCUACAAUUGAAUGUCUGAGACGGCUCCCCAUCUUAAUUCUGUUCUUAUGGGGCUUUUUCUAAAAGGUUCUGCAAAGUCCCCCAAUAAUCACUUUUUGAACAAGAGUACAUUUCUGAGGGGAAUAUAAAGAUUGUAAAUCUUUUACUGAUGAUAAAGGAGCACGUAUAACGUGUUUAUCCUGUUGAAAUAUGUGAUCUUUUCGUCCUAGAUCACAAGACUAAAAUACCAAGAAAAAUGAAGUACCAAACCAGAUACAUUUCUGCACCAUUGUUGCACUUUUCCUGUAGUCAUUUUUUGAGAAACAUAAAUCAUACUACCUGUUAUCUAAGUUAUUCAGUGUAAUGCAGAGGUCUAGACUGCUUUCAGAUAUUCAUCUUUCAGUCACUUGCUCCAUUGGCUUUUUCACCAAUUUGACUUUGUUCCAAUAAUCUUGCUGUUUUUGUCUAAUCGUAAAAAGAAAUCUGUACCAUUAUCUUGAAUAGCAGAGGCAUUCUUUGAGAUUUAAAGAUCAAAAAAAAUAAAAAACAAGCUGUAUUUUAGUAGCUGCAAAAAUGAAAUUCAAUGUGACAGAAGCUGUAAUGCGCACCAUUGGAGGUUCCUGAUAUCUGAAGGCAUCUCUCGAUCCUGCUUUCUUCCUAAUCCAUGUACCUUAAAUAACACCACCAGUCUGCUCAUCAGUGUAAUAUGUUGCUUUCUUUUCUUUGAUAGUUUAAAAAUCCACAUUAAGCUCACGUUGGGAUUUAUUUCCACUGUUUUUGUUAUAUUCAGCAUCAAUGUUAUGUUCAUCCUGUUUUAAUGGGGUGUUGAGUGUUUACAGUGGCAAUGACAAGAAAUGGUAAAACUUGAAUCUUAAAUUAAAAUUGCUCAAGUCAGUCUAUUUCAGAGUCCGGCUUCACCGUGGUGACUUUUUUUCUGGUUUAUUCAGAAGCAAGACUUGAAAAGUAGCAACCUGUCGUAUGAUGUUGAUUGAAACCCAAUGUUUGUUGCGCUUUGUCUACUAGUGAAUAAGAACCAAUGUGCAGACCAAUAAAUAAAGUAGAACAGAGCUCCAUCUUUUCAAAAAGGGUUUUUAAGCAAUAUUUUAAGCAUCUUCUGCUGUUCUUAUAAUAAUUUAAUGGGUUACAAGAAUUUUCCCAUGUCUUUAAAGCUUAAACUGUUGUCAUUGGUCACGAUAUCCUGGCCUAGUACAUUUGCUUAAGAGUUUAUAACGGUGGUACUAACAAGAUUUUUAGAUUAUUAUAUAUUAUGUAUGGAAGAAUAGAUGACAGGCCGUUAAAUUAUUCGAAAAUAUGCACAGCCAAUGUGGUAACGCCAUUACAUCGUGGGUGUGCAUUAUUUUCAAAUAUUUCAAAUGUCUGGAGUCAAUUACUCAGCUUGUACCACAGACAUCACUAAGACAUUGCUCUGGUGGUUCUUUUAAGACAUUUAAGAGGUCAGGUGUGGGUUUAUCGAAAAAUAAUGCAUACUCAUGAAACACUUCCCAACCAAUCAGAAUAAAGCAUUCAAUAUCCCUGUGGAAUAGUA